UCAGGUUCUGGAUACAGGGGCUCAUGGGCACAAUACACCAAGGCCCUGACUGCAGGUCUGGCCAUUCCUUAAAUACACCUCCUGCAAUCAGCCUCAGGUGAUGGUUGAUUGCAGGAGUGUGCUUCUGGCUGCUGAGAGCACCCUCUGGCCAGCCCUGGUACUGCAGCCCACACGGCAGGUGAGUCCCACCACCAGUGCUGAGUCCAUUCCUGACAUAGAAUGCUACUUUCCUUUCAAUCAAGGAAGUUGAAAUGCCUCUAGGAUUUGCAAGAAUUGUAGAAUCUGCAUAAUCUAGGUUCAACAGCAGCAGAUAUAGGUGUC